AUGGUCUCAUGGAGAGAGCAAAGCGUGGGGANUGAGUAUUAUUGUCUGCUGGAGGAGGAGCAGCAAAAGCGGCGGAAGCGUCAUGGUCUCAUGGAGAGAGCAAAGCGUGGGGAGUCGAAGUCGACGACGGUAAGAAACUCGGUCUCGUUGUCACCAGUGGCAAGAUCCAGUCCUUCAAUCUUUCGCGGUGGAUUGGGAAAAGGAACGGAAUGCAAUGACGCUGGGAAAGGUCACGAUACAAGCGCCGAUGGUGCGGAAACCGCUGUUGUGGUGGAGACGGCGCCCCAUUUGGCCACUAAACAGACUUCGUGUCAGGCCUCGGAACAGCAGCAGCACGAGGAGGAGGCGAAGGAGCCGACGUUAGGGGUGGAGGGACUGCAACAAUUCUUCCACGACCUCGGCCUCGGCAUGUCGUCGCUCGAGGUGUCAGAUAUAGUGCGCACCUUCAACGAUGAUCCGAUUGAUUUUGUUCUGUGGCAGCGCAACAUUGAGGCGGCGGCGGCGGCGGCGGCAGCAGCGGCUUCCUCUCUAUCAGGGUCUGGGCCGUCAAAGAAGUCCAAGUCGCCGUCUCGCGCUUUGACACCGAGGCGUAAAGAAAACGGCAACAAUGGUAGCGCAGGCAGCAAUAAGGUUUCUACACCCACAGGGGUAUUGGAUGGCACCGGUAAAGGGGAAGUGACACCACAGCGGAGCCGUAAGAGUCCGUCACGGAACGGUGUGACGUUCCCCAUAUUCCUCUUCAUACUGUCUCAUGUACUGCUGGAGCAUGAGGACAGCGCAGAGGCGAAGGACAAUGAGGUGCGUGAAGUGUUNCCAUAUUCCUCUUCAUACUGUCUCAUGUACUGCUGGAGCAUGAGGACAGCGCAGAGGCGAAGGACAAUGAGGUGCGUGAAGUGUUCCACAUCGUUGACGUGGACGGUGAUGGAUAUAUCUCGGUGGGAGAUGUGCAGGCAACUGUUCAGCGCUUAG